AUGUAUGGCCAUUUUUAUCUUCCUGUGCAUGAGAACCACCUUCAUUCGCCAAAUUUCCAAGACACGGUGGACGUGGGAUUUUCAAAGAAGUAUCAGCCCGUGCCUAAAGCAGAACCAGACGAUGAUACCUGCAGCGAUGCGACUGUGACGAACCGCCAACGAAAUCACUCAACCUCGCUGUUUUUCAAGCGCAACCUAGCCGCAAUCACCAUUAGUAGUCUGCUUCUUGUCCUGAUCCUGCUAGUCUUCACCAUUAUCGCUAUCCUCACAUUUGAGCCUCUCCGCGAGAUCCCCGUCGUCAGAUCGUCCACAUUCGACUCGGCCAAUGUGCACGGCCAGCGCCAAUGUCUCCCAACAACCCCCCGAACGAUCCUCUCUUGUGGUAACUCUACAGGGGAAGCUGAAUCACUAGGCUGCAAGUACGACCCACUGUCCGCGUGUUGGCUUCACCAAGACUGUCCGCACGACUAUUCUAAGGAGUUUGAGACAUUCAAUGCUGGCAAGCCUUUCAUUUAUUACUACGAUGAGGCCAUGAUACGCCAGAUGAAAGACUACGAUGAAGUUGGACAUAAUACUCAGGGAUUCUAUUGGACUUCUUUGUGCGAGCAUCUGGUGCAUUGUCUGUACCUUCUGAGACGUGGACAUGAUGUUCAUAUGCGUGGAGAUCGACUGGACGAUAUGCUUGCCAAGAUGGAGCAUGUGGAUCAUUGUACAAACUUUUUGGCUAAUUGGUUCCGGCGCCCGGAUCCUGCGUUGGAUUAUCCGGUUGGUACUCAAGGGACGACAAAUUGUUUCAUGACUUGUAGUUAA